AAACGGAGCAGUGCCCCCAUUAGAUAAAUGUUAUUUCUUAAUGUAUAGGUUAUUUUAUUUUUUUUGCCACGAAAUGAAGAACGAAAACGUAAUACUUAAAUUCUCAAUUGUCAAGGGUGCGCAACCUCAUUUGACAUGUGCAAAACAGUGAGCGAGAAGCCUGGGCGCGUCGUCAAUGGGGACCCCUGUGCGCAACAAGAGCCCCCCAUGAGGGCAAUAUUGCAACCGCAGAUGCUGCGAUUGGCCAGACGUUGAUCAGAUGGUACAGUUUCAUUCUGCCCUAUUCAGUGGCACCUCGCAAGCCCCCUAAAACCAAAUCUCCGAUAAAGUAAUGACAAAACAACUUGGACUAUAAAACACUACAAAUCAUAUUCCUCGGAGCAUACAGUUGUCCAUCCAAUGAGUUCCUAUUUUGUCAACUCAACUUUUCCUGUUUCUCUGCCGGGAGGACAGGAGUCUCUCCUGGGUCAGAUACCGUUGUAUUCCUCUGGAUAUACCGACUCUUUAAGACACUUUUCCAACGCUACAUAUGGAGCUGCCAAUAUGCAAGAGAAGGUUUACCCAGCCUCAUAUUACCAGCAAACCACUGGUGUCUACGGUCGCCCCAGCACCAGUGGUGCCUGCGACUACACAGCUGGAACAUUUUACAAGGACAGUGACCGUUCGUGCGCUUUCGCAAGUCGCGAGGACCAGUCUCUCUUAACUCAGGACGAGCGCAAGUCAGAGUGCCUCGAGCAGAAUGUAAACAUAACCACUGCGGUCGACGAGAAGUCUUCUCUGCUGUAUCCGUGGAUGCAAAGAAUGAAUUCUUGCACCACCGGAACCUUUGGAAGCAGCGGACGGAGGGGCCGUCAGACCUAUACUCGAUAUCAGACUCUUGAGCUCGAGAAAGAAUUCCAUUUCAAUAGGUACCUGACCAGGCGUCGUCGAAUAGAGAUUUCGCAUGCUCUGUGUCUCACUGAGCGCCAAAUAAAGAUUUGGUUUCAGAAUCGCAGAAUGAAGUGGAAAAAGGAGAACAAAGUUAUGAAUCCUUCGAAACCCAGCGAUGAGGAUGAUGAAAAGAAAACAGAAUAAAAGACACGGAAUGAAUAAGCUACAAAAGCCAUCCUAUAAUUGUUGGAACAUUAAGUGUUUAAUUAUUGUAGGUUGUUGUUUUUCAGACAAUAAGCCUAUACAUUUUUGUGAAAUAUGUAAAUAUUAGUCUAAUAGAUUUUUGCACGAGUAAAUACGGUUUUGUAGAUUAGAAGCCGUUUAAAAACAACUUUAGGCUAGGUUAUUUUGUUUUGAUCGUGCUUUUAGAUUAGUCAGUAUUUUUGCUUGACAUUGAAAUACACCUGCAUAUAGUUUCGUAACGGAGGCGUUGAAAUGUGCAACAACAGGCCCCCAACUUGGUUCCCCAAUGUCUUUGGGCUAGAAGAGUGGCUUUGGCCUAUUUAGCCUAUUACCUUUAAGUGUUGUAUUAGCUAUUGUUAUUUUUAAUUUUUAUUAUAAAUAAUGUUUGGACAAGUUAUUUAUUGUGCAGUUGCACUUCUGGAUGUCGUGUUCAAUAUAACGUGGCUUAAGAAAUGAUUGUAAUAUUAUGUAAAUACAACUAAAUCAUUGUUCAAUUGUGUAAAAAUAUAACCUUUUAUUGAUGUGUCGGCAUUAUUAUUGUUAUUGUGUCCUGCAAAAAUGUACUUAUUGGGCAGACCCAACCUUUUAAAAAUGCUAAUAUUACUAUAACAUAUUACUGAUAUACAUGUCGGUAAGCUCUGAGUGUUGGUUAAAUAGUCCUAGAAUAGUCAAUAUUCUAAACAAAAUGCACAAUGAAAAAAGCCUGCAGAGCGUCCUCACUUAUAGUUACCUCCACUGCCAGUAGAUGACGCUG